GCACCAGUACAAAGGGAAGGGGUAGUCAGAGCUCAAAGCUAGUAACUCUCCCCUUACUCGGCACGAGUUCGUGUUACCGGGUGUAUGGUGUACUACUCCUGCAGCUGUCGUGAUGCACCAUGGGACGUUGGGUUGUGCUUCGCUCCAAUACAAGAUGGCUGACACUUGUUAGUAGUGUAUUUUCGUUUGAUCGAAUGUGCAUUUUUAUAAAAAAAAUUAGUGCCUUCGUAUCCGCGUAUGGUACACGCACGUUUCCAUAAGUAACACAGAAGGGGUCUUCCUUUUUUAUCGAAUCGUUACCUUAUCAUGUAUUAUCAAGAGACAUCAAAAUGUGCCGUGAAAGUGCUAGAGGCAGAAUAAUUACCCGUCACCAGCCAUGUUCAUAUGUGUUCUUUUGUUAUGACAAUUGUGAUAUAAUUCUCGUGGAAUAUAGUGCCAAGGUGAAGUGAUAUCUCGCUUUGUUGCGCUUCUACUCCGUCUCUGGUGUUUCACACAAGAUUCGUUUCACUACGAAAUAAAUUAAAUGAAAGGUCAUAAAAUCGUGCUGCAGCCGGGGCAGAGGUGAGGGGAGGCCAGGCGGAGAUCGAAGAAGGGAUGAAUGGAACGGCGGCGUUGCGACGCAGCGUCGGUGGCGGCGGGGGCGCCGCCGGGGGUGGAACCGUCGAAGCAGCACCCGUCGCCACCCUCGUCGUCUACAAGGACGAGGCUGGAUACGGGAUGAAAGUCUCCGGCGAUAACCCCGUUUACGUUCAAUCUGUGAAAGAAGGCGGUGCAGCCGCGAGAGCUGGCCUUCAUUCGGGCGACAAAAUAAUCAAGGUUAACGGCGUGAAUGUAAUGCAGUCCACGCACACAGACGUUGUACAGCUCAUAAAGUCUUCGACGCAGGUGGUACUGACGGUGCAGCAGAAGCCAGUUGCAACAAGCAGCGCGGCGACGACGGCCACGGGGCUACAGGUUGGUCUGGCGGGUGGACAGCAUCAGCGGCCAGUCAGUCUGUCAGCCGGUACAACGAUGGUAUCGCCCUCGCAGCCAGCCACUUCUCUGCACAGGGCGUCGACUGCUCCAGCCGGUGCACCGUGUAACGCGCGUAUCACGGGUCCUCAACCGGUUGAUCACGAGAAAAAACGCCAGCUGGAAACACAGCGCGUUCAUACAUUCCAGCUUAUGUUGGAGAAGGAACAAAGUUACGUUGACAAGCUUCGAAGUGAACUUGCAAAGGCCGGCACUGGUAGCGGAAAUGUCAACAUUGUAACACUCCAAGCAGAAUUGGCAGGUGCCGAGAGAAGGGUGCGCACCUUGCAGGAUCAACUAACUGCGAUUACUACUAAUGAACAGCUUUGCUCGUUGGUAACAAACACCUCGUGUUCCCCGGGCUAUUAUCCACCUUUAAGUAGUAGCAGUGGUGAUGUACCACCGCCUCUACCAUCUCGUAAAUCCUUGUCCAUGCAAAGCCUGUCUCCACCACCAUUGCCUCCUAGACCUCCUCCCACAAAUACACACAACGUAGCCCAGUUGGAGCUGGAGUGUCAACUGUUGACUCAUUUAACGCCCUCAACCACCAGUCAUGGCAUACCUAACUCUUUUUCACAGGGUGCGAAUUUAGGCUCCUCGAACUCGCUCAACAAGCACCAACGGACAAAAUCCAGUCCAGAACAACUAGGAACUACAACCAUUUCUCCAUCAGAAGCUAGUAGACGUUUAAUAGCAUCGGAAUCAAUGAAUGAUCUUUCUCCUCCAAGGCAUGUGAGGCAUAGUGACAUUGAUAUAGAAGAAUUACUUCAUAUCACUCCACCAGGAACUCCACCUCCACCAUAUCUAACCGCUAGUCCAGGAAAUGAUACAACUAAUUCUACUGUAAACGAUACUCUUUUAAAUGAAAGCAUUCCUGGAUUGCCAACAUUACAGCAGCCAAUCAUGUCAAUGGAAGAUGAUGAUAUGAGUGACCAAGAAGUUGGGCAAUUAGAAGAUCACGGUCCAUUCAAAUCUUUAUCUCGAUUAUGGGGACAUCACGCACACCUUUCUGUAUUUAUUAAUUACGUUUUAUCAAAUAGUGAUCCCUCCAGUCUGUUGUUCUAUUUAGUAACGGAUCUGUACAAAGAAGGCAAUGCGAAGGAAAUGAGGAAGUGGGCAUAUGAAAUUCAUUCUAGUUUUUUAGUACCUGGUGCACCUCUUCGUCUGCAUAACGUAGACGAAAAUGUAGCACAUGAAAUAGACGAUGUUCUUUUAAAGGAAUCUGAUAAGGAAGAGAUUUUGCGAAAAAUCUUUUUGAAAGCACGAACACGUGCAAAGGAAGAACUGAACGAGCAGCUUGCAGACUUUCAACAAAAGAGAACUGCUGGAUUGGGUACGUUAUUUGGUCCAAGCGACGCUCAAUUGGAUGAAAGUGUAUCUGACAAGGCACGAGAAACAAAAAUCAUAGAAACAUACCUCUUACCCAAGAUGGAGCCUUACCUAGAAGAUAUAGAGAAAGAACACGUGGAUUUGCGACAAUUUACAACAGCAGCGGGCUUAGCAACGAUAUUGACAAAAAUUUUCCAAGUUCGACCAGUAUCGCUUGACCGAGUACCUACGUUUGUUGCAAAAGAUAAAUCGAAUUUCAAAGGACGCUUGCUUACAGGGAAGGCAAGAAAAAUGACAAUCAGAGGUCAUCAUUUUGUAGCUAAUCAGUACUUCACUAUUACUUAUUGUAAUCAUUGUCAACUUAUCAUCGGUGGAAUUGGACCUCAAGGAUAUUUAUGUAGUGAUUGUUCUCUAAGUGUACAUCGUCAGUGUGUUCGCGUGGUGGAAGAAAAUUGUCCAGGGCCGUUGGUUAGAAAGGAAAGAGUCAACGAACGCAUAAGCAAGCUGAUGGAACGUAUUAUUCCUGAAAGAAAACCUCCCUCGUCGCAUCAUCACCAUCAUUCUCAAAAUCAUAUGCUUCAUGUUGAUAAACUUAAGAAGAGCGAAGAUGAUGCUGGUGCACUGACGGAUGGAGAAAAUGGAGAACUUCGCGGGGGCGGUGUAGCCGGAAACGCGCGUAGUAGUAGCGAAAGAGGACGCAUUUCCGCUUACAGCGGAGCCUCCGAUCACGCCGAUAGCAUGGACAAUCCUUCCUCGCGAGAAGAUAUUUCUGAAAUGGUGCAGCAAAAUAUUUCCAGUAAGCCAAAGACGUCAAACAUAAACAGGUCUGAAAGUUACAAGGAGCGGAUACAUCACAAGCGACAGUUGCGGGAAAAGAGGAAGACCAGCGAUCCAAACCUCUCCAAAACAAAGGCUGGUUUCAGUGACUGCGAACAUACCGGGACAUUCCCUGGGAACUCCGCUGGCAGUUCGUCGAACAGCAGCUUGUCGACGAGAAGUCUGGACAGCCCAAGUACCAGCCUGGAGCAGGUGCACCCCUCUACCUCGGCGACGAACACAUCGACCUCGUGGGACAGCGAUGUUGAUGUCGAGCCGGAUACACCGGACUGGAGCCAAGGAGUCGCCGAGGAUCUGCUCGCGCGUCUCAGCAAUGCCGAGAAGAAGCGACAGGAAGUCAUUAAUGAACUCUUCCAUACCGAGAGGUCGCACGUGCGGGCGUUGAAAGUAUUGUCGCACGUCUUCCACAAGCCGCUUCUGGAAUCUCAAGUACUUCCAUUAGACCAAAUACAAUUACUAUUUUCCAAUUUAGACGAGAUGGUAACGAUUCAUUCGCGCUUCAAUCAAGCAAUGAAACGUAAGAAAAAAGAAAACCCGUGCAUGGGAGACGUCGGCGAUCUGCUCCUGGACAUGUUCGACGGUGAGAACGGCGAGGCAUUCGAGAAGGCUGCGUCGACAUACUGCGCGAAACAGCAGGUAGCCCUCGACGCUCUGCGUGAUCGUCGUCGCAAAGAUCCCAAAUUGAAUUCCUUUUUGAACGAGAUCGAAUCAAAUCCCCUCUGUCGGAGGCUACAGCUCAAAGAUCAUAUCCUGACGGGGAUGCUUAGAUUGACCAAGUAUCCCCUGCUGUUCGAGAACUUGGCCAAGUACACGCCGGAGAGCAGCGAGAAAGAGAGAGCCGCCGUGCUGAGAAGCCUCGAUAGAAGCAAGGAGAUCGUAAGUCGCGUUAACCAGGCGGUGCGCGAGGCCGAGGAUUAUCAAAGGCUGGCAGAGAUCCAGCGCACCAUUGAUAGAUCCGCUUUCGACAAGUUCGACCAUCCGACCGUUCAGGAAUUCAAGAAUUUAGACAUCACCAAGCGUAAACUGAUUUACGAAGGCCCGUUGCAGUGGCGCAGAACCGAGCAGAACCGUGCUAAACCCGUCGAUCUGCACGUCGUGUUGCUCGACGACACGAUAUUCCUAUUGCAUCGGCAAGAUGAAAAGUACCUGCUAAAGUUUAUCAACACGAAUCAAGCGAAUUCCGUGUUGAGCCCCAUCGUCAAGGUAUCCACUGUUCUCGUCAGGCACAACGCCGUGGACAAGAAUUCCCUCUACCUUGUCAAUACGUCGCAGAACGGAGCGCAGAUUUACGAUUUAGUAGCAGCCUCGCCCGCGGAGCGUAAACAAUGGUGUAAACAUAUAUCAGAGGCGGCCGAAGCGUACAAGGCUCGUGAUAAACAAGGUAGAAGACCUACUCCACCCACUACACUGCCAGAAGAACCUGGACCUACGGUCGAAGACACCUCCUCGACUGAACAAGACAAUAUUCCCGAUAAAACGGAUCAGGAACAGGAACAAGAAACAGAACCGAAGGAUCCUGUCCAAGAUACGAGCAUUGAACAUGAAGGAGAAGCCCCUAAUACCUCUGGACCCGAUCCUUCAACGACUGAACAAACGAAACAACAACAGCAGCCGCAACAACAACAUCCAGUCGAAUCUUCUGCAUCAGGUAUAGGAGAACCUCUGCGAAUGGUUACUUGUACGCAAGUAUCAUUAAUAGAUCCGCUCGAAGUGCACGUAGAGGUACCACCUGUACAUGUUGCAGAACCGGUACUUACACCCAUAGAAUGUCUCAGAAGAAAGGACGAAAUAAUUAAGCAAGCUUUGGUAGAAAAACAAUUGUUGGUAGCAGAUAUCUUAAAUAUCCCAAAAGAAGAUUUUGAGCAUGUAGCAGACAUGGCGUCCGAGCCAUCGAGCAUCGAAAAAGAACCUGCUGAGCUUAUACUCGCUGCUAUUAGUCAAGCGAAUCAAUUAGUAGGAAUGCUAAAUUCCGCGUUAAACGUAAGCGAAACGGAAACUGUUCUUGCAUCGCGUGGUACAUCGGCACUAACAACGACACCAAGCUGCGAGGCGACUGGUUGUCCAUCGCCACGAGUGCAUCCUUAUCCUCAGCAACCGAUGGUGUCAGUCGCAAGUUUACAGCCAGUAUGCCACUCUCUCACAUCUCAGUUGUCACAAUUACUGGAAAUUAUAAAAGAGAGAGAAGAGGAGCGAGAAAGGUUAAGAAAAGAACUACGUAGAAGCAGAGAACGUCUUCACGCUCUGGAUGCAGAUAUACAACGUCGUGACUUUUCUGAAACUUGCACAUCAAGCCAAACGCAAACGGAACCCGAUGACAUUUUAAACAAGGAAAGCAGUAUUGACGAUACCACUCGAGAUGAAUUUGUAGAUGCACACGGCGGAUCAGAAGUGAACGAAGAAUCAGAACACACAAAGCACGAGACAGAGACGGAAGUAAUGGGGGAUAGUGUCGGUUGACACAACACCAACGUGUUAUAUUAAAUGUCAACUUGGUGCAUUUCACGAGCAAGAUCGUUUCCGAAUGCUCAUACUGGAAGAAAUCAAAAUUAUGUAAAAAAAAAAAUACAACAAAUGGCGAGUAGCUGUUUAUGGAAUACAAUAAUAUUAUAUACAUAUUUACAGAAUCAUGGGUCAAUGAUUAAUCAUGCCUUUGCCAAAGAUUUUAUGUAACCGGAUUUACCUGACGUAGCGUUCUGCACGUCAUAUCGCGUCAAUGACUAAAAAUUAUACAUAAAUUUUAGAUAAAGAAUAGUAUAGCAAUGUAGAUGUUCUGAAGUGAUAAACGAAGGUUAUGUUCUUUGGAGAGUUGAAAGGGAUCCCCAAGCUGAUUGCUAAAUCCAUUGAAGACUCUAUCCCACUACGUUAACAAACCGCGCAACGACCCUCUCACUGUCUAAGGAGAGUUUCCCUCGUUAUGCAUUGUUUUAAAAUUUAUAUUGCUAUACUCCUCUUAACGAUACCUAUCAUAUAGAAAUUGUUACACCGUGUCUUGAAAGACAGCGAUUUCUGUCAAAUUAUUUUAUAUAUAACAUCAAUUUAUAUACUUACAUUUUUUCCUUGAGAUGCUUUUAGGAAAAUGUGGUCAACGCUCUACAAGUUACUUCGGAACAUUUAAUUGUUAGCGCAUUUUAUACAAAAACAUUUACACGAAUACAUCGUACGCGUUUAGAACGAUUUAGUUGUUCACUUAAAAAAAAAAUACACAUUUUGUGAUUUACUAUGAUACAUCGUGUAUUUGGAACCAACUGUGUUGUCAUUAUAAUGGUUCGAUAAUCGCGAAACAUAAAUUGCAUUUAUACAGAGAACAUAACCGCGAAAUGUGUCGACGUGAACAAAAAAAGAAUGCAAAGCACGUUAUAUUAGUACUAUAUAAAGUUUAAGCUUUACUUUUUCUUUUUGUAAAAAUAUUGCUUUGUUCGUAAACACUGCAAAGUAACAAUUUUCGACGCAGUAUUAUUAAUACGCUUCUAGUGCGUUUAUCUUACAUACUUUCUUAUAUUCAGUGACCAAAUGUUCAGGAUAUUAAAUCCAGAGGCGGCAAAUGUCGAUUGGUUUCCAAAUUAUUCAGAGUAACUAAUAAUGAAUCUUACAAUAUCUUUUGUAUUAAUAUUCUGCAACAUAUUAAUAUAGUGUAUAAUAUUAGUUACUAUUUUUAUUGUUCUAUUUAAUACUUCUUCAUUUAAUUCCUGUUUCUUCCAGUCUUUCUAACUUUAAUUUCGUUUAAAUAUAAUCUUUGAAAAAAGUUAAAAAUUGCAUAAAUAAAAAUUGUAAACAUAUUACUUGGUGAAAAUUAAACAAGAGCAUGUGUGAAGACCAUUUCAAACCAACUUGUAUUGCAACUAAGACAAUCGUGAAAGAUUAAAAAAAUAAUGGUAUUUUAAUUUGCUAUCAAUAGAUUUUUAAUUUUGAAAUUAUUUUACUUUUUCUUGAAAUAAAUAUGUUUUCUCUAAAUUCUAAACAUAAGCCUCAAGAAAAAAUCCACUACUGAUGAAAUUAUUAAACUUGAGGAAUUUUAAUCUGUACAAAAACAGUUGAUUAUGAACUUUUUAAAGUCAAUGUUUAUGCUGCAGGUACAAUCAAUAACAAUAUUUUAUUGUUAUAUGAAAUUUUAUGAAACUGUAGAAUAUAAAAUAGUCUAAUGAAAUUUAAUAAAUUUGAAUAAUUACAAGUAAUAAAUACCAUCAGAAAUGUAAUUACUGCAUGAAAUAAUGAAUUUUUGUAUUCAUCCUGAUACAUAUUUUCUACAAACGGCAUUUGCUCUCAAAUUUAUUAUUUGCCUCUUGGUGCUGUACUUGCCUAAGUGAACAAAAAAAGUUCCUUUUUUCGAGUAUAAUGAAACAUAUAAAUAGAAACAUAAGUAAAUGAAACAAAAAUUUCUAUAUAUAUUACUUAUGAAAUCCUGAACAUGCCUGGUAACUUGAAAAUUAUCAAUAUGCGUAGAUAAGAAGAACAAUAGCCAAUAUAAGAUACUCUCACAAAUAAUAUUUGUAAGAAGAUAAAUAUUUAUAAUCGUACAUACAAACAACAUACUGUAAGAAAUAUUCUAUUGCUGUUUAAUUAAUACCAAUGCUGUUUUGUUACAUCUCCACUUAAAACACACAGUUGGAAUAAAAAAAUCUACUACUCUUUGUAACAAAGGACUGAUAGUGCAAAAAAGACUUACCUGUUUACAUAAAAUCUUUGCUACUUUUAAACACUAAUAAUUCCCUAAUGGUAAAACACGAAUUAUUAUAAUUACUAUGUACAUGUAUAAAAUAUUUAAUAACAUUAUUAGUUGAUAUUAUUAAUUAUUAUAAUAAUUAUUAUUAUUAUAUUAUUGCAUUAAAAUACUUAUUAAAUUGUAAAUUACCCCGUA